AUGGGCCAGGAAAAUAAAACCCAGACAUGGGUGAGUGAGUUCAUUCUGCUGGGGUUGUCCAGUAACUGGGAAAUGCAAGUCUUCCUCUUUGUCCUGGUCCUGACCAUGUACUUGGUGACUCUUGUGGGAAAUGUUCUCAUUCUUCUUUUGAUCAGACUGGACAGCAGGCUUCAUAACCCCAUGUACUUCUUCCUUAGUGUUUUAUCCUUUGUGGACCUGUGUUAUUCAAACAGUUUUGUUCCUCAAAUGCUGGCCCACCUCCUCUCAGCCCGGAAGUCCAUCCCAUUCUACAGCUGUGUGCUCCAGCUCUACAUCUCCCUGACACUGGGUGGGUCUGAGUUCUUCCUGCUGGGAGCCAUGGCCUAUGACCGCUAUGUGGCGGUGUGCCACCCACUACGCUACACAGUCAUCAUGCAUGGGCGGCUGUGUCUGGGGCUGGCUGCUGGCUGCUUGGGGGCUGGUUUCACCAAUUCACUGAUGGAAACGAUCAUUACCUUCCGACUUCCCCUGUGUCACAAUGUUAUUAAUCACUUUGCCUGUGAGAUGUUGGCUGUGCUGAGGCUGACCUGUGUGGACAUCUCCUUCAACAAGGUUAUGGUGGCCAUCUCAGGAUUUCUGGUGAUCAUGCUUCCCUGUUUCCUGGUUGUGUUCUCCUAUGCUCGUAUAGUUGCUGCCAUUCUGCAUAUCCGCUCUGCCCAAGGACGCUGCAAAGCAUUUGAGACCUGUGCUUCCCACCUCACCGUGGUUUCCAUGUGCUUUGGAACGGCCAUCUUCACAUACUUGAGACCCACUACUGGCUCCUCGGCAGAGCAAGAGAAGAUGGUCGCCCUGUUCUACGCUGUGGUGACCCCAAUGCUGAAUCCCUUAAUCUACAGCCCAUGGAAUAAGGAGGUAAUGCACGCCCUGAGAAGUCUCUUGGGAAAAUUUAGUGAGAAAAGGUGA